GUCGUAGUAUUGUUUGGUGUACACAUUAAGCAAUAGUAUACCUUACAGAGAAUAUCGUUGUGUUUAACAAAAAGUAAAUAUUAGAAUAGAUAUGAGGAUGUUAAAGCUAUAACUAGAUUUAUCACAGUAUAUAGUGCGUAUGUGUGUAUGUGUGUGUGUGAAACUUGCGGAUACGAUUUUUAGUGGGGGAGGAGCGGAAAGUCGAGUCAACAGCUUCAAGGGCGCUGCAGCCUCCCGCGAAUAGUAGUGAUCAUAGGAGCUUCGCAGCCGGCUUCAUUCACCCGCCGCCGUUCAGCUACAUCGCACGUUUCAUAUUUUUCUUUCAAAUAAACAAUGCAUUCCGUUACGACAGACAUUCUCCACCUGUUAUAAGUUUAUUUAUUUGUGAAAAUCACCGACUUGAGUUACGCUUAAACGAUGUGGUCUUUGAUUUUAGUAUUUAUAAUUGUAUUUGCAGUGGCGGGCACCAUCGGUGCACUUAAAAUAAGUGAUGAUCAGGAGAAACUAAUUUUUCGUAAGUGUUGUCCUAGAAGCCAAAGCUUAAUUAAAGUGUCUCAAGCUAAUGGAACUUUAAGUGAACGCUAUGAAUGUGUUGAUCGUGAAAGCUUAAAGAAAAGUUAUGGCAUUUUUAGUGAACCUCUUUAUGUUAGCAGUCGAGUCGUUAUCAAAAAUGGUCUUCCAGUAGAUUGUGAUGAAUUGCAAGCGGUACAAAUUAAUAUAUCUGAAACUGAAAUUCUACCUUGGGAAAAUGAUUGCUAUGACAGACUCGUAGCUGAAAUCGUUAAUGGAACUUUGAAACAAAAUGUACCUAAAACAGUAGCAGUUAUUUGUAAUCGGAGUGAGGUAGAAAUUUUAACUGAUACAAAAUUAAAAAUAUAUGAAUUUCGCAAAUGUUGUCCUCGGGGACAGCGUUUUGAUACAGUUUACCACGAAUGUCGAGAUGUAGCUAAUUUUCCAAAUAGUGAUGAAGAUUGGUUAGUACAACAACUCAAUGUAAGCUCCGGUCAAAUAUUUGAAAUAGAAAAUGGCCUUCGUUGUAAACUUGACGAAUACGCUGUGGAGUUACGUGAUAGUGCUUACUUAUUAUCAGUUGAAGGAAGUACUUUAUUUGCUUUAAGUAGAAGUGGAGAAAAAGAUGGCAGAUUCAUGCCAGGUGAAUGGUGUAUGGAUCAAGAAUACGGGAUUGAUAGUAUAAUAGCCCAAGUCUGUACACGAAAUUGUGAUACUUUCAGUGCUUAUUGUAUACGAAAAUGUUGUCCUCUAGGACAACACUUUAAACUCCGCCGGUGUGGUAGUUAUGUUAGUACUUGUGUUCCUAACGAAGAUCAAGAAGUAUUAUUUAAUAUUUCCACAUACACACAACCAUUACAAGAAGAUUAUGAAGAUUUGUUUGACGUAGUAGGAAUGAGAAUAGGCUUGCAAUGUCCCGCGGGACGAUUUGGACUCAAUUCAUCAAUUCCUGAAGAUCAGCAUCGUCUGACUCGAGAGUCUUACCUGGAGACGUCCACCACUCUUACGAAUAACUAUUGUCUAGAGGUGUUUGAUCGGCGGGAAUGCCCUGGCAAUAAUGAUGUCAUCGUCAGCGGCGUGCUUUGUUUUUUACCAGCUGCCCAAAGCAAGGAUUUUCGUGUUUCUUUUAUAAUAAUAACAAUUUCGAGUAUAUGCCUUGCACUGACUUUGGUCGUGUACUGUGUUUUGCCGGAGUUGAGGAACUUACAUGGACGCACCCUGAUCUGUCAUGUGAGCAUGAUGCUGCUAGCGUGCUCUUGUCUCGCCAGGGUGCAACAUAGUGCCGUUACAGACUACAGACUCUGUACAACGCUUGGGUACGGCAUAUACUUCGGUUUUGUGGCGGCGUUUGCUUGGCUCAACGUCAUGUGCUUCGACAUCUGGUGGACAUUUGGGAGUGUCCGUACGGUAAAACCUUUGCGAAAAUCCGGCUCAGAUCGACGCAGAUUCAUCUGGUAUUCUAUUUACGCGUGGAGCAUCACGAUUCUGCUUACGUUGACGAUGUUCCUCUUGGAUCGAUACCCCAUCUCUACUGUUUUGGACGCUAAUAUUGGCAACGGGGCAUGCUGGUUCGGAGCACUUCAAAAUACGCAGUCCGACUGGCCGCAUUAUAUAUUUUUCGUAGUACCUAUGGGCUUGGUGACGUGUACUAAUUUCGUAUUGUGGCUCCUUACGGCACGACACUGCGCCCAAGUGAAAUCUGAAGUCCAUCGUCUCCAAGCUGGUUCGGUGGGAGACCGAGCAAAGAGAAGAUUUAGAAUUGACAGAGCCAAAUAUAUACUUACUGGAAAAUUAUGGGUCGUAAUGGGAGCGGGCUGGGUGUCGGAGCUCCUCUCCACCAUAGUCUCCGAACCACAAUGGCUUUGGAAUAUCGUGGAUCUCUUCAAUGAGUUACAAGGCGUGUUUAUAUUCCUUAUUCUGAUAGUGAAGCCGAAGCUAUAUUAUCUUAUAAGAAAAAGACUGGUUCCUGGUUAUUCCCGGGCUCCGAUUGACACAAGGUUGGAGAAGCCGGAUGCGCGGAACAACGCGACUUCAUCAGGUCGGACAUCCUCCACCUUCCUCUCAAGAACUAUCAGUUCAGAUGAGCGAACAAAUUUGCGAAUAUCGUUACCGAAUAACAUUAAGCAACCUUAAAAACAUUUAUAUUCUUCGUAGAGCGCUUACCACAUGACAUUUGCGUAUAAUUUUUAAUUAAUAAGGACACGAUAUAUUUAAGCAAGUAUGUUUUUAACUAGCAUUGACACUCUCUGACUCUUGUUGCACGUUUUAUUGAUCACCUAAUUUAGUAACAGCAGGUGAGCUGUAUACUUGCCUCUGCGUGAGGUGUCUGGAAGUAUUUGUAAUUGUAAUUUUAAAACAAAUAUUAUUACGUUAAAACAAUGUCGGUAUGUGUUUAAUAUGAUAUAUUUUCAUUCCCUGUAUUCGUUCUCAUUUAUUUUUAUAUACAUAUUGUAAAAGUAUAGGUUAGUAAAAGAUUGAACAGUAAAGACAGGUUAAGGGAUACUGUGGUUUAAAACUGUUCUAAGUUCGGAUCCACAACUGCCUGGUCGGUUUCGGUCGGGCAUGCAUAUUCAAUCAUAUCAAUUUUAUUUUCUGUUGCUGGUCGCACUCGUUCGAUACGUAUUUUGUCGUAUAUCUAUAGAUUUGCCUCAACAAUGCUGUCGUACGAUACAAGAUCGAAGCCGAUUGAGGUCGAUCGAUGAAGCAGAGAAGCACCUUUCUAAAUUUUACUUUAUAUAUAAUCAUAUAUAUCCCUUCAUCAUAUAUGUAUCAUUAGAUAUAUAAGUCAAUUUAGCUCGUUGAAUUGCGUGUUCGAGUUGAUUAAUAUGGAAGUGCAAAAGCAUGUUAUAAGUUUAUGAUAGAUAUCCAAGUUCCGUUAACAGUUAUUAAUUUGUUACAAACU